AUGCAGCUCUCUGAGGCGUUCUUAGCCCGAUUUGUCUCCAACAGCAAAGUCCCAAAGCAGUUAGAUACUUUGUUCAAUAUCCGAAAGGAUAGGAAAAAGACCCUACGCCAGUACGCGCGACGGUAUUGGGAGGAGUAUGGUGACUUAGAGGAAAAUGUUUGCAGUGAACAAUUGGCUGUGCUAUACUUCGAGCAAGGCCUACCCCCUUCGCACAAGCUAAGGCAGUCGUUGACGAAACAACCUGCCCCCACCAUGAAGGAUUUGAGGGCUCGUAUAGAGCAACAAGCUCGUGUGGAAGAUGAAACUGCUUCAGUACAUGUUGCGGUUGCUGAAGAAGAAGUCAGACCGCCUCGAUCGCCUAAGACUGAGCAGCCAAUGAGGGAUGAGCAGCGCAAGAACUAUGGCCAAAGGAACCGUUCCACAACAGAAAACGAGGAGGAAAGGGCCAAGUCUUAUGAAGGCAUCACCAUCGUCUUCAAAGAGCCAAUAUACAGGCUCGUCGAGAAACUUAAAGGGGAAACCUUCUUUGUCUGA